AUGGAGAAUCUCAUCGAGAAUUUCGAGCGGCUGUAUGGUGUGAAGCCUCAAUUGAAAGUAAGAUGUCCUGGGCGAGUCAACUUGAUAGGUAAGAUUUAGUUAAUAUUUUCGAAUAAAUCUAUGGAAUGAGCCUACGCGUCUGAGCUGAGCAAAAAUGAUUUUAAUUAGCUUUUUUUUUCGGAUUUUCAUUGAUGCUUUGGGAAAACUGAGGUUGCAUACAUGUAAUAGGAAAUAAAUUUACCUACAUUCUUGAAAUAGGAAAGUUUCUUGAGAAGAAUAUUUUUACAUAUAAAUUCUUUAUCCCAUUCUCGGAGCUUCACACAAAGCAAACUACAUUAAUAAAUAUCAAGUUUAAAUCAUUCGAAGCAAGUUCAAGGCAUUUUCUUAUAUCAGGAAAAUAAAGAAAAAGCCGUUUUCAUUUUUACGCAAGCUCUCGUAUAGUCCGUGUGCCACAACUUGGAAUUUCACUGAACGACAUUCCGCUGUUCCUCUGCGUGCGGUCGCGAAGCGUCUUCGCCUUAAAAAAACACGGUUGCACUUCUAAUUUUUUUCUUUUAUUUCAGUACUUGAUUUUUACGUGUGAAAAAGUCUAUCUACCAGCAAUGAUAACCGGAAAAUAGCGCUACCGAAGCUCGCAAAGGCAAAAACGCUUCGCGGCCGCACACAGCGGAACAGCGGAAUGUCGUUCGGGGAAAUUCCAAGUCGUGGCACACUGACUAUAAAACGCGUUUCGCACGAUUUUAUGGGAGAUUGUGCGUCAGGCUGAGCGGGGCCGACCCGGGUUUUGAGUAUCAUUUUUUGCGAAGAAGCCUAUACGCGAGCUUGGGCCAGGCUUCGAAUGAAAAUUUUAGAUUCGAUCAAAUGUUCUUUCAUUCUUAAUCAAAAAUUUCCUUAGAAAAUUUCACUUUUCAAAUAAUAGUUUCUCUUGAAUUUCAAGAGAAUUUUUUUCCCGAAAAACUGUUACCUUUCUAGGUGAACACAUCGACUACCAUGGAUACAGUGUUUUGCCUAUGGCCACCACGGUUUCUACUACGGUUCUUGCCGCGAGAAAUUCUGAGAACUGCUUGAAAAUCGCGAACGUUGAUGAGAAAUACAAGUUCGUAAAAUGCUUCGAUUUUUCGACUUGGAAUGCUCAGAAGUGCGACAAUUGAACUUCCGAGCGCAUGGAACGGCGCCUCGCCGCCACAAUGGCACGACUACGUUCUCUGUGGCUGGAAAGGGGUCAUCGAAAAAAUGAACUACGAAAGCGUCGGCAUCUUCUUGUUGUUUGCCGGUAGGCCUCGCAUAAAUCUCUAAGCUACUUAGCUUUAGGCGACAUUCCUGAAUCGUCUGGCCUCUCGUCCAGCUCGUCCAUUGUUUGUGCUUCUGCCUUGGUCACACUCGCCAUCCACGAACCACAAAAAGACAUUUUCGAUGUGUGGUCAAGGUUGUUCGAAAAAAAAAACUGUUUUGGAGUUCUACAAUUUUCUAGAGAACAGUUGGCAGAGAUUUGCGCAAAAAGCGAGCAAUACGUCGGCACUCAGGGCGGUGGAAUGGAUCAAGCAGCAGAGGUUUUCGGGCAAAUAUUUCAAUUUCCAAAUGUUUGGAAGUGGCUCAAGAAUGUUCUAGCUAGCGAAAAACUUCGAGAAAACGCCAAAAACUUUUCUUAACAAGCCGUAUUUGAAAAUUUCUGACAUAAUACUGUCCAAAGAAAUGCACAAGAAGUUCGCAUUUGCAAAAUUGAUUUAUUUAACAAGGUCGGUCCAUAUAGAGAGAAACUUUACUGAAACCGCAUGAAUUCACACCUUAUCGAUGGAAUUCACACCAAAAAAGGUAUCCAAAGUUUUUUUUUUCCAAGUUUCUUGAGCUUAUGAAGAAAUCUGCUGAUGCAAACUAAAUUUAUGACUCUUUUUUUCUGACCUACCCGUUGCUGGGUUCAAUAUCAAUUAACUGAAAGAAAAUUAUUCGGAGUUACUUGAAUAAUCUAUUCAUAGAUGCCGAACCUACAUCGAUUUUUAGAUGUCUCACUAAUUUUAACCCAAUCUAUAUACAAAAUUUAUACUCUAAUCUCACCUUUCAAUACGGGAAACAUUUAUUGUACGAAAGGAUUGAUUUAGGUUUUGGCAAAAGAAGGUAGCGCCCUGAAAAUUAACUUCAAUCCUCUCUCCUGUGAGCGAAUCAGUUUACCUGAAAGCGCCGUGUUCGUUGUUGCGCAUUCCGGCGCGACUCUAAACAAAGCUGCCACCUCACAGUUCAAUGAACGUGUGGUAGAGGGGAGAAUCGUUGCAAAGGUAAAUUUUUGUUUUCUCCUCGUUAGAAACUUUUUCGGUUCAGUUGCUCUUGAAGUAUUUCGACUGUGAUUGCUCGUCGUUGAGAUUGAAAGACGUCCAAAAAGCUUGCGAUAUAUCUUUCGAAGAAGCUCUGAAAACGGUGGAGACGUUUCCCGAAACCGUCAGUCGCGAGGACGUCGUGGAAGCCAUUGGAGAAGAGAACUUACAGAAGUGUUUGAGCGCAAACACUCAAAAUAGUUUUUUUUUUUCGUUCAAUGCAAAUUGAAAAGUGAAAUGUUUCAGUGAGAACGUUCUCCAUCAGGUCCCGCGGUCGACACGUUUUCAGUGAAGCUCGCCGAGUUGAGCAGUUUGCCGAGGCUUGCAGAUCCAACGACAUCGAUGCGAUGGGCAAGCUAAUGUCUGAAAGUCAUAUCAGUUGUUCGAAGGUACCUAUUCGAGUAAUCAAUUCGAGGGUCAAAAGAACUUCAGGACUACGAAUGCAGCUGUUCGGAGCUGGACGACCUCACCAAGAAGUAUGUUGAUGGCGGAGCUGUUGGCGCUCGUUUGACCGGUGCCGGCUGGGGCGGCUGUAUUGUCGCCCUGUUCAAAUCAUCAACAUUCAUUGAUUUCGAUUACCUCUCUCCUCUGUUCGUCUCCAAACCAUCCUCUGGAAUUCAAGUUCAAAGACUACAAUAG